AUGAACAUUCAGUUCUGGUCCCUUGUUCUUCUGAGCCCGGUGCUCGUACCGGCUGGCCUCUUUCUUCUCCUAGUACUUGCCAGGCCAGUUCGGCUUUGGCUCUAUAACCGUCGAGUAUAUCAGAAAGGCGGGGUCCACGCACCCUCGAUCCCUACCGAUAUCAUUACAGCCACCCACUUCUUCUUCUCCAUCAUCAAGGCGCAGAAUGAGCACCGCCUUUACGAAUUCUUCAACAAAUGCUUCGAGUAUGGCACUCCGGUAUCUCCAAAUUGCGUUGAGAGCAACCUCUUUGGCGGGUUUAGGGUCUUCCAGACUCGCGAGCCUGAGCACCUCAAGGCCGUCUUGACAGGAAAGUUUGCAGACUACGGCAAAGGCGAGCUAUUUCACGACCUCUGGAUUCCAUUCCUGGGGGAUAGCAUCUUUACGACAGAUGGCAAAGAGUGGCAAGGUAGCCGCAAUUUGAUCCGUCCCAUGUUCAUCAAGGAUCGGAUCAGUGACCUCGAGAUAUUUGAGCGCAAAGUUCAAAUAAUGCUGGGCUUGUACAGUCCCUCUGGUGAACCGACGAAUGUCAUGGAUCUUUUCUAUCGGAUGACUCUUGACGCUAUCACCGAGUUUCUUCUUGGAAAAGGCAUCUGCAGCUUGGAGAACCCACAAGCAGACUUCGCAGUGGCCUUCUCGGAUGUCCAGCGCAUCCAGACAAUGCUGACCAUGAUUGGCCCUGCCCAGCGCUUUUAUCCUCGCGGUGAGUACUACCGAGGCCUCAAGGUGAUCAAUGACUUUGUGUGGCCUUUUGUUCAUGAGACCUUGAACCUAUCGACGGAUGACCUUGAGAAGCGCCCUGAGAAAUCAUUCACCUUCCUCCAUGCUCUGGCCAACUACACUCGUGACCCAAAGACCAUCCGUGACCAGGUCGUUUCAGUCCUUCUGGCAGGUCGGGACACCACCGCUGCGACGCUGUCUUGGGCCUUCUUCGAGCUUUCUCAUUAUCCCGAGAUCUACGCACGUCUCAGGGCUGAGGUUAUUGAAAAGGUCGGCUCAACGAGGGCGCCAACAUACGAAGAUUUGAAGAACAUGCCCUACCUCCGCCAUACCAUAAACGAAACCCUCAGAUUGUACCCGGCGGUUCCAUAUAACAUUCGGUUCGCGCUUCGCGAUACCACGCUACCUACUGGGGGCGGACCCAACGGUGACCUUCCCAUUACAGUCCUCAAGGGAGAUGGGGUCUCGUACUCGACAUAUGCCAUGCAGCGCCGAGCAGAUCUUUAUCCUCCUGUCUCGGAGACAUUUGCGGACCCCGGCAUCUUCUCCCCAGAGCGCUGGGAGCAUUGGUCUCCGCGGCCAUGGCACUACAUUCCGUUCAACGGGGGCCCGCGCAUCUGCAUCGGACAGAACUUUGCGCUUGCCGAGAUGGGAUACACGAUUGUGCGGAUUGUGCAGCGGUAUGAGCGGAUUGAGUAUGUGGGUGAUUGGGAGAAGCAGUAUCAUAAAGCUGAAAUCGUCGGGACACCAGGGAUGGGUGUGAAUGUGCGAAUGUAUAAAGCGAAGUGA